AUGCGAUUUCCAAGAAUUAAGUCCCCAGUCUCAGUGACUGAAUCACUGAUAGAUUUGGAUAUGGUGUGCGAAAACGUAACAAAACUAGAAGAGACUGGUAUUCAGUCUUCAGAACUCGAUAAUUCUUGGGACAAUUCAAUUGUACCAGAUAACGAUUUGGUCGAUUCCAAUUCCGUGGAUUUUCUAGAUCCAACGCCAAAUCCACUGACCGCGAAAAAUCUCGAGGCUUUGAGUAACUCGACCAAUUUCAGUCCUUCCAAACGCAGAAACAAAUCAUCAAGCGCCUCGACAGAUCGUUCUGGUUCAGUCGAAGAGGUCGUAAACCAAGUAGAAGACCAAGAUCGGCAGGAGAUUCCACCAAUUGACAACAGCGCGACAGAGACAACAAUAGCGAACAUCCUUUCUCUGUACGGUAGUCCUAGCAUUCUCCAGCUUAUCAAUUCUCGAAAUCUAGAUCUAGUAGGAGAUUUGGUAGGAAGAAUUGUCCAUUUCGAUUUACGCGAACCCAUUUCUCAGGAUUCGCAACGUUUUGGAUCACCUCCAGUAGCAGGAAAGAACGGUCUUCUUUCGUGGCUCACAUCGCAGGAAAAAAUGGCCGACUUAAUCAUCCAGUCAGGAAGCCGUGAAUUCUUUCCUUGGGGCUGGAAUACAGCAAUCUUCUCCCGAGCGGUUAGACUGGGUGUACGUACCGCUUGUAAAGUUCCAUACCAUAUGAGCACACAGACGGGACACUGGUACAAGCCAGUUAAUAGGGAGGAAAGAGAUAGAGUGGCUUGGAAAGUAUUAGGAGAUACUAUUCUGGGUUUGCAAGAGAGCGGCAUCAAGCCAAUAUCAGAUGAGUUCCGACUUCUAGUCGAUGAUUUUUACUCGGGCAAAGAAGUCAAAUCCCCAGAGUAUUACGCUUACCCAUCGGAUCCUAAGACACUCACUGCCGAAAAGGAUUCAUCCACAGUUGGAAAAGAUUCAGUGUCAAAACCUUUCCGCAUUACGAAAAUCGACAUGGAUAAGUAUGGACAGAAUCUCUACCGCAACCUGUAUGGGGAAACCGAGGAUAAUCUAAAGCAAGAGACGCAAAAGCAAGGACUAGGAGAUGUUAAACACAUCGUUAAUCUGUACCUCUUGGAAGUUAUAAAAAUGAACGAGAUCGAGGACGCCCUCAAGCUUGUUGAGAAGGAAAUGGACCUGCCAAAGUCGAGUUUAACAAUUGCCAAAGUCCAAGGCACGGAAGUUCGCCGCUCUCCAGAACAUCCAACAUACAUCAAUAAGCUUAAUACGCUGGAAAAGAAUAAGGAGGAAGCAGGAAAGGCUGCGGCGAGAACUGCUCUGGAGGAUUUCGUCCAAAAUAUCAACAUCCAUGGAUUGGACUCAAUCAUGGGGUCAGAAACUUGGUCAAUCACUCAUGUUCGUACGAUUCCAACAUUAGAUGAGUCUGCCGAGGAAGCCACCAUUGUUGAAACCGUUACCGCUGAUAGUGAAAAUCGUUCGACUUCGCCGCUGUUGAUCCCAGACAAUUCGGAGUCAAAGAACGAGACUGCCCCGAAAAAGAAGAAGAAGAAGAAGACAAAGGGCAAGCCGAACGCAAAAAAGGUUGCGAAACAAGAAGAAGAAGAUCCUGAAUCCACAGGAGCAGAAGCUGCAAGUCAAACUACUGAGAUUGCCGACAAAUUAUACCCUUCCAUUGCGUCUGACCCUUUGAAUUACGAGUUCGACGAUUCAAUGAAUCUAGCGAUUGAGGACGAGUCAAAGUGGAAUGUUGUAAAGACAAAGCCAAGUAGGCCAAAGGGGCCACGGACUACCUACCAAUCUGAUUCUGUUCAUUCUUCCAAGUCAUAUAAGCAUAAUGCUUCUGUUAAUGUCAAAGUCCCACCGAAUCAGAAGGUUGGCCAAAAGAAGGGGGAGAUAUCCACAAAAGUAUCAGAUCAUAUUGCUGCUACUACUACAAAGCCCGGCGAUAAGUUUGAGAUCGAGAGUUUCAACGAUUUCCCAGAAAUUAUCUCUCCUUGGAAAAAAGUCACAAAGCGAGAUGAUGCAGCCAAGGCAGAGCCUACAGUAAUGGUGGGACAGCCAGCUCUGCCAAAGAUGGACCUCGAUAUAUUUGGUGGCAUUGCGGCGAUCGUUGAAAAUGGUCUAACAUCAACUGAAGCUCAAAUCGCAGCGGACAAAAUGCCUGCCCUACCUUCGAAAGAACAGUCUGACUUGCCUGUGGAAGUAGCUGCCGAGGACAGUUCCAACGUUAAUAAAUACGAUGAUUUCGCACAUGUCGACGCUACUCGGACUUUGGCUUACGAAAUCGCAAAAGAAGUUGUCCAUGUUAGUAUUGAAGAAGUUGAAUUUACUAGUACGAUUAGUCCAGAGUACGAAGCUGGAAAUACUGCUACAAUUCCCCUGGAAGAGGUAUCACAUGUCCGUGGACUCACUUUAGAGCAUGAUGCACCAAUCUACCUUGGCCGCAUUCUUGAUUUUCCCCACCGAGCCCGCCGACGAUUCCGAAGCUCUUCAACUACCGCAGCAUUCUUCGCCUCUUCCUCUUCCACUGAGGUGAACGAUGACGAAGAAUAUUCCGACUCUACUUUGAUCAUCGAAAGACCUAAUUCCGUUGCUAAGAUUUCAUCAAUGGAUCCUAUCGUUGAUAAUGCCAUUGCAGUUGGCGACUCAUCUACUACUGCUGGUACACCCAUGGAUACUAUCAUUGGCAACGUCAUCCCUGCUGACAGUUUUUCUGCCAUUGAUAAUUUAUCUACAGAUAUUAUCGGCAUUACUUCUACAGUCGCUGAUUCACCUGUUUCAGAUUGUGCAUCUCUAGAUACUGUCGUUUACAAUGAGCCUAUAGUUGCAGAUUCAUGCUCUAUAGAGGUUCACAUUGGAGACGAAGAAUCUCCGUCACCUGAAGAAGGUACAUCAAUUUCUGACAGUGGCUCUGUUUCAGCUGCUAGUUCUGCUAUGACUAUUCAUGGCCCACAGCCCCAGGGCUUUCACCCUUCUUUUCUGGAGUCAAAUUCUCAAAAUCUGGAUCUCAUGGCGCCUACCUCUAUGGGAUAUCGAACACAUAUUCAACAUGCAAGCGUAGCAAGUUAUGAAAUCGGAGAACAAAAUAUGACCCAAUUCUCUAAUGGCUGGAGCCAGCAACAAGUUUCAAACAGUACUAUCCUCCACGAGAGCCCACACACGCAUGCCGACCCAAACUCGGUACAAAUUCCUUUCGAUUGUACUUAUUGUGCCAAGCAUUAUUACGCAACUACGGAGAGUCCUAUGGUCCUCUGUCAUGGCUGUGGUCUUAAUAGUGGCGUAAAAUACUGUUCGAUUGCAUGUCUUCUAGCAGGAAGUCUUACUCAUGCCGAUGUCUGCCUGCAGGAGAGUGUGGAAGAGUUCGAGAUACCCACGGUAGAUCACUCUCCUGCUUACCAGAUAUACUACACUGGUCCUCUCGCCAUUUCUUCUUCAGAUGAGCUUCCAAUUAAGAAGUCGAAGUAUAACUAUCGCCAAAAAGUUUUCGGAAUGUACUGUCAUAGCGGACCAUUCCCACAACUUCUUGUGGCAUGGGCUCGGAAGAACGACCUUUUGCACACCCUGCAAGGCCAAGAUGCUACUGAAGCUACUAAGAGGACCGGAAGUUACUUUGUCUUUAAGUCUAGCUUAACUAGUAACGAACGUCGCACGAACCCGGACAGCACAGUCAUCUGCACCAUUAAACUCCGUCCUAGUGAUCAUAUGGUUCAAGUUAUCAGUCGGUGUAUGAAAGCUUGUUUCUCGUCACACUGCGAACACGAUAUUCAGGAAUUCUUAUUUAGGCUCAUCAAGGACUUUCUUUCCGACGACGAGGCGUUUGAUUGUUUCCCACAUACCGAAGAUCGAACUACUGUGUUUUAUGAGUUUCAACAUCAAUUUCAUCUCGAGUUUGGUUUUCACGCAGAUAUGCAGAGAAAUCAAUCUGAUAAGUUUGAUUUCGAAUUGGAAUGGCCUCUUGUCGACCACCUUUUGAAUCAAUUCGAGAUCGGAACAUCGGACUAG